UCGCUAUAUUGCUCUUUGUGCGAUCACCUCUCUUUCUGUUUUUGUCUGAACUCUCGUCUCCGGCUGAUCAGAUUCUCCCCUGAGUGAGUGGGCGCACAGACGAAUUGGCGUACGCCCUGAAACAAUCCGAUACGAUCCGCUUCGAUCCCCAGCGAUCCCAAGCAAGCCGUUUUUCAGCUCCGCUAGUCAGUUGGCCGCGUUGCACGGAUCGGUUGUACGCUGACCUCGUCGGUUGGCGUUUUCAGUAUUCGUUCGGGUUAGGUCAUCUGGGCUUGGGGAAUCCGCCCGAUAUGCACGUAGGGUUUGCUUACCGCACCAUCCAUCAGUGUUGUCAACGACGGACUAAAUGCCGCUAAUAUUACAGACCACACAUAUAAAAUAUAUGACAGGCGUGAAUAAACAAUUUGAAUGUUUAUAAAUAAAGUACUCUCAACUGUUUUCGCUCAAAUGAGAACCCCGAAUGUUAAAGUUUUGUUUUAACGGAAUCUAACACAUUUAAAAGAGUGUUUUUUGAGAACUGUUUCAAAGCUAUCAGGCAGGGUGGUAUAAAUUGCCCAGUAUACCAUUGGUGUAGAGCUUCAACUCAGAAAGCAGCCUGCUUCGGCCAGAAAGCAGCUGAGUUGGCAACACAAUGGAGUGGACUUGGUUCAAGGAUUGGUGGCGCCUCAAGAAGCUCCGAUCUCGUCACCAGCGCCAUAAGAAAAAACUCGAAGCAGCCGCGGCGGCCGCUGGAGCUGCCGUGACCGCAGCAGCGGUUUUGCCCGGCUCUGAGUGCGUGGAAAGUGGUGCUUCCAAGGAUCCGCAGACCAGUCGUCGCCACAGCCUGGACGCAGUGCCAUCCGAUGGAACCAUAGCCAGAAGACGCCGUGGUGGUCGUGAUCGCCUACGCCGGAAUCGCUUGCUGCAGCGACAGCGACGGAGUCAAAGUGCCGGAGUCCGCAGUCGAUAUGGUGCGGGAAAUGCACGGUUUAGGAGCCAGGACGACGACGAUGGGGAGUACGGACCCUUUAACGUCAGCGAUUACGAGGAUUACGGGCCGAGUCAUGGCAGCGACGGGGAGAGUGAUGAUUUCUGCUACUGUGAUGUCUGUAUGAAUGGCGACACGGACUUUGGAGACAGCAAUGACGGGAUGGACUCCGACACGAGCACCUCAUCCAGCAACAGCAAGCAGGUGGUCGUCGGCAUCUGCGCGAUGGCCAAGAAGACACAGUCAAAGCCAAUGAAGGAGAUCCUGACACGUCUUGGAGAGUUUGAGUUCAUCAAACUGGUGACGUUUGAGGAGAACGUGAUCCUUCGAGAACCGGUCCAGAAUUGGCCCACCUGCGACUGCCUGGUGUCAUUUCACUCAAAGGGUUUUCCCCUAGAGAAAGCCAUCGAGUAUGCCCAGCUGAGGAACCCCUUUGUGCUGAAUAACCUGCACAUGCAGUACGAUAUUCAGGACAGGAGGAGAGUGUACGCCAUUCUGGAGAAGGAGGGUAUUGAGAUUCCGCGCUAUGCUGUCCUCGAUCGCGAUUCGCCGGAUCCCAAACACCAUGAGCUGAUUGAGUCCGAGGACCACGUGGAGGUGAAUGGUAUUACCUUUAACAAGCCGUUCGUUGAGAAGCCUGUGUCGGCGGAGGACCACAACAUAUACAUAUACUACCCGACGUCGGCGGGCGGCGGAAGCCAGCGACUUUUCCGAAAGAUCGGCAGCCGGAGCAGCGUAUAUUCUCCGGAGUCAAGGGUGCGGAAGACGGGAUCUUUUAUCUACGAGGACUUCAUGCCCACCGAUGUGUACUUUUCAGGCACGGAUGUCAAGGUGUACACCGUUGGCCCGGACUACGCCCAUGCCGAAGCGCGUAAAAGUCCCGCUCUGGAUGGCAAAGUAGAGCGCGACAGCGAGGGCAAAGAGAUCCGCUAUCCAGUGAUCCUCAAUCAUUCCGAGAAGCUCAUCUCACGGAAGGUGUGCCUGGCCUUUAAGCAAACCGUCUGUGGAUUCGAUUUGUUGCGAGCCAACGGAAAGAGCUACGUUUGCGAUGUUAAUGGAUUUAGCUUCGUUAAGAACUCGAACAAGUACUAUGAUGACUGCGCCAAGAUACUGGGCAACAUGAUUCUCAGGGAGCUAACACCUACUCUGCACAUCCCGUGGUCAGUGCCCUUUCAAUUGGACGAUCCUCCCAUUGUGCCCACAACUUUCGGCAAAAUGAUGGAGCUGCGCUGCGUGGUGGCCGUAAUUAGACAUGGCGAUCGCACGCCGAAACAAAAAAUGAAGGUUGAGGUGCGGCAUCCCAAAUUUUUCGAGAUCUUCGAGAAGUACGACGGCUACAAGCUUGGCCAUGUUAAGCUAAAGCGCCCUAAGCAGCUUCAAGAGAUCCUGGACAUCGCCCGCUUUCUGCUCAGCGAGAUCCACACCAAAGCCCACGCCGAGAUCGAGGAGAAGGAGAGCAAGCUGGAACAGCUGAAGAACGUUCUGGAGAUGUACGGUCACUUUUCAGGCAUAAACCGGAAGGUUCAGAUGAAAUACCAACCAAAGGGUCGCCCACGUGGCUCCAGCUCCGAUGAUACCAAUCCAGCAGCGGAUCAGCCGGUGGAGCCUUCCCUGGUUCUCAUCCUCAAGUGGGGUGGCGAACUGACGCCAGCAGGCCGCAUCCAGGCGGAGGAGUUGGGCCGUAUUUUUCGGUGCAUGUAUCCAGGUGGCCAGGGAAGAUCGGAUUACUCUGGCACGCAAGGUCUUGGCUUGCUGAGAUUGCACUCGACAUUCCGCCAUGACCUGAAGAUCUACGCCUCCGACGAGGGUCGUGUCCAGAUGACGGCUGCCGCUUUUGCCAAGGGUUUGCUGGCCCUAGAAGGAGAACUUACACCCAUUCUUGUGCAGAUGGUAAAGAGCGCCAAUACAAAUGGACUGCUGGACAAUGAUUGCGACUCCAGCAAGUAUCAAAACUUGGCUAAAGGUCGCCUCCACGAGCUUAUGCAAAACGAUCGAGAGUUUACGAAGGAGGAUCGCGAGCUGAUUAAUCCUUGCAAUAGCAAAUCUAUUACCCAGGCGCUGGAUUUUGUGAAAAAUCCCGUAGACUGCUGUCACCACGUGCACCUGCUCAUCCGCGAGCUUCUUCACAUUAUCAGCAUCAAAAAGGAUGAUCCAAAGACCAAGGACGCCAUCCUAUACCACGGCGAGACGUGGGACCUGAUGCGCUGUCGCUGGGAAAAAAUUGAGAAGGACUUUAGCACGAAAUCGAAGUUGUUCGACAUCUCAAAGAUACCAGAUAUAUAUGAUUGCAUCAAGUACGAUCUGCAGCAUAAUCAGCACACGUUGCAAUAUGAUCAGGCGGAGGAGUUGUACAUCUACGCGAAGAACCUGGCUGAUAUAGUCAUACCCCAGGAGUAUGGGCUGACGCCGCAGGAGAAACUGGCAAUAGGGCAAGGUAUCUGUUCACCAUUACUAAGAAAGAUCAAGGGUGAUCUGCAGCGAAACAUCGACGAAGUGGAAGACGAGUUCAUGAACCGUUUGAAUCCACAUUACAGCCAUGGUGUUGCCAGUCCUCAGAGGCAUGUGCGCACAAGGCUCUAUUUUACUAGCGAAUCGCAUGUCCACUCCCUGCUCACAGUUUUGCGUUAUGGGGGAUUGCUUAAUGUGGUCACAGAUGAGCAAUGGCGUCGGGCGAUGGACUAUAUUUCGAUGGUAUCGGAGCUCAACUAUAUGUCUCAGAUCGUCAUUAUGCUCUACGAGGACCCUACCAAAGAUCCCACUUCUGAGGAACGCUUCCACGUCGAACUGCACUUCAGUCCGGGUGUAAAUUGCUGUGUGCAAAAGAAUCUACCACCAGGUCCGGGCUUUCGGCCGCAUUCGCACGGCGACAAUGCUUGCAAUGUCAGUUUGCAAUCCUCGGACGAGUCAAAUCCCGCCAGGAUCGAGGAGGAGAACGACUCGAAUUCAGGAGAGGAACGGGAGGGCAAAAAGCGAGGGACCUCCAGCCAAAGGAGUUCGGAUCGCAGUGCGGAACGCACCUCCCCUGCCUUCGGAUUCAACAGGUUGGAACUUAGAUCCAAGCAGUUCAAAUCGAAACCGAUCCCCAUCGGAGCCCAUCACACGGUUAGUGGCCACGAAGCCAUGGAUCUAGCCAAGCGGUUGAACGAGGAGCUGGCCUCACAGCAGCAGCAGCAAAACCAGCAGCUUCGACCCAUCAGUCCGGAUAUCAGGGCAGUGAGUCCUGACUGCGAACCACGCUCCCGGAGUUUUGAGCAACGUCCCACGUCCGGCGUCUGUGCCAAAGAACCGGCAACAGAGACAGCAGAAGAUACAUCAAUGGAUAUAAAAACAAAUAUAAGUUUUGGAAAAUGUGCACCAGGGCUUACACCAACAGUUACUACUAGCGAUACUAGCGAUAUUACAAAAGGUAUACGAGACUUCGCACCCACAGCCACCCAAACAUCCCCACCAACAUUCACACCAUCCACCACCACAACAGCAACUGGAGCAGCAGCAGCUUUGUUUGAUAAUACAGCAACAAUGUCUUCUAAUCGACCAUUUACUAACCAAUUCCAAUCGAUCGAUCCCAAUUCAAACGACGCACCACACCAACAUCAUGUACAUCAACACCAACACCAACACCACCUCCAAUACCAACACCAACACCAACAUCUACAUCAACAUCAACAUCAACAUCACCAAAACUCAACAACGACCAUCGAUCAACAACAACCGAAUUCACGCACCAUCAAUAACACACUGAACGAAAACCACACCACCGCCACAAUUACAAACAACACUACCACGACCCCGUCUUGUUGUACCAAUACCAUCGCCACAGAUAGCCAAGUCUCGGUGUCGGUCUCGGCAUCGGUGUCAUCGGCCAACUCGUCCACGUCGUCGCGUCGCCAAAGACACAGUAUUGCCGGCCAGAUGUCCUAUAUGAAAAUGUUGGGUUUCGGUGGUUUUAGCAAAAAGAUGGCCACCAGCGCAAAUAGCCUUUUCAGCACCGCAGUCAUCAGCGGCAGCUCGUCCGCUCCUAAUCUUCGCGACAUGAUACCGGUCUCCUCAUCCGGAUUUGGCGAUGUACCACCAAUCCGCCCGCUUGAGACACUGCACAACGCCCUCUCGCUGCGCAAGCUGGACUGCUUCCUGCAGGACAUGAUCCUGGCGCAGAUCUUCAAGACGCCGACAGGGUCGCCGCCGCGGGGUUUCUCUAAGAACACAUUGCCAGCGGUCUCCUCGAUGACUCUAGCCGCCCCAAACCAGGCAGAGGCGCAAAUUGGCAGACCACCGCCGAUAUCAACGACCGUUACGCCCACCUUUGACCGGCGGGGCAGCGAGUCCGGAUCCACAGCGGAUGCCCAUCUGCGACUGCUUUCGGAGAGCCAGUGCCCAAAUCUGGACGAUAGCAACGCCGAACUGCGGGAUUCGCUGGUGGGAAAGAUGGAGCAUUGGCAGCAGGAGAGUCUGAAGGCAGCCGCGGAGGAGGAUGUACCCCUACCUGAAUUGGAAACAAAGCCAAGCCUGGACCUUACCAUGGAGAUUAUGGAGCAGGGGGCUGGGGAUCCUGUCCCCUUUGAACCAAUGAAUCGGGACAGCUUGGAACCUGGCGAUGCAACGCUGGGCGGUGGAGUCUUUCUCAGUGUUUGCGAGGAACAGGGCAGCGGGAGCACCUGCAUCACACCAGUUAGUUUUGGCAUGGACCUGGACCUGAGCAUGGUGGCCAACAAGGGCUCCAUUACGCUGUCAAUGGAAGGGUUCGAAGACGAUGAAGAUGCCACUUUGUCGGCGGCCACAACACCUUCCCUUCCCGCCGACUGUGAGCCGCGACUAGAAAGUUGCUACUGCUGUCCCAGCCAUGCAGAGGGUCCCCCGGAGGUUUCCAGCGACGAUCCACGAUAUGGAUUUGCGCUGCCCGUCCGAGUCACCCAAGCUUCGCCGGAGCACGCGCGCCCUGUGCGCCGUGCCCAUGAUCCCGUUUCGCCAAGGAUUCAGAAGCAAAUUAGCUUGUUCGAGGGAAACGCGGCUCCGGCAGCGGGUCAGGAGAAGAAUGAGUCAAGCGGAUCGGUGGGCGGCGGAGCAAUUCUGCACGCCUCCAUUAACCUGCCCGCGGCGGGACCACUUCAUCUGCGGCAGGAUGCUCGACUGCGCAAGUUUGAGAACCUCACGCAGUCCACUUCCAACUCGAACUUUCCCUUCGAAAGCAACACCCUAAAGCGGGUGCCCAUGCAGGCCACCAAUGACUACGAUAACGUGAGCCACACCCAGAGUUGCAUAAACCUCAAAAGUGGUAGCAGUGGAGUCCUCGGGGGAUCGCCGCAGCGUCAGAGAGGAUCCGAUGGAGGAGGCGCAGGUGCAAGUGGAGUGCCGGCAGAGCGGGAGCCACUGCGGAUCCAUUACGGACGGAUGAUCAACACAUGCUGCUCCGCCUCGGCCUCGCCGUCCCCCUCGCCAUCCCCCUCGCCGGGUGCGCUGAUUGUCAAGGAGCGGUUCAUAGAACCGCCCAAGCGGGGCGUCGUGCGCGGAUACCAUGGCAAGACGCAAUCCAUGGACGCCGACUUCCUGUUCAACGAGUUUCUGCUGCUGCCGGCCAUGGCGCCCGCCAAGCUAUCCUUUGAUAGCUCCGAUAUCGACCAGGCCAGCGAUGACGACGCUCCGAGCAACUCGAAGCAAAGGCACGCCUAAGUUUCAAUCGAACUCCAGAUCCUAAAGCACUCGCAUCCUUAAGCCGCGCUUAUGUAAAGUUCGAGUUGUAGAUAGAUCAACUCGCUUACGGACUCUUUACUCUUAAUCAAACUGUUUGUUGUUGUUGGGCCAAGAAAAUACAAAUAAAGGCUUAUCGCUAUUUUUGUCCA